AUGGGGCUGCGGGACAUCGAGAUGACGCUGCCGCCGGGGUUCCGGUUCUACCCGAGCGACGAGGAGCUGGUGUGCCACUACCUGCUCAGCAAGGUGGCCAACCAGCGCCUCUCCGGAGGAGCCGCCGGGACCAUGGUGGAGGUCGAUCUGCACGUCCACGAGCCAUGGGAGCUGCCAGACGUGGCGAAGCUGACCACGAACGAGUGGUACUUCUUCAGCUUCCGUGACCGCAAGUAUACGACGGGGCUGCGCACCAACCGCGCCACCAGGUCCGGCUACUGGAAGGCCACCGGCAAGGACCGCGUCAUCCGCAGCCUGAGGUCGUCCUCUUCCCGCUCCGGCCGUGACGCCAUUGUCGGCAUGCGCAAGACCCUCGUCUUCUACCGCGGCCGCGCCCCCAACGGCAUCAAGACCUGCUGGGUCAUGCACGAGUUCCGUAUCGAGAACCCUCACUCCCCACCCAAGGAGGACUGGGUGCUGUGCAGAGUUUUCCACCAGAAGAAAGCCAACACGGAGUACGCCAUGGACGGCAAGCAGGAGCCCGGCGGCGGCGGCGUGGCUCACAAGGCUGCUGCCGUGAGCGGAUCCAACUACGUAAGCUCCUCGUCCUGCUACGAUCCGGAUCAGUAUCAGCACUCGCCUUCCGCGCCGUUCCCUUCCCUUGGCGCUGGCGGCCACCAUUACCAGAUCACGUCCUGUGAUCAUCACCACCCCGACGGUGCAGCAGGCGUCUUGCACAGCAAUGUGGACGCUUUCGCCGGCAUGCCGCAGCUGCUGAGCUACGAAACUACCCUCGACUUCAGCCAGCUACUCCAGGGCGGCGGCAGUGCAGCGGCGGGUUUGAGAGACGGCGCCGAUGAUCAGUGUGGCGGGGCGCUGAUGGAUCUAGGGCUGCAGGUGCAGGAGGCGCACUACAACUACAACAGCUUGAUGUAG